ACCAGACCAGAACAUCAUGUGAUGAAAUAUGGAUUACCAAAAAGGUACCUGCACGGGUAUCUCAAUGGUUGAUGAGAAAGACUAUUGGAUUGAGAUCUAAGGUUCAAUCUGACAGAAAGAAACAAUGUGAGAAUUUCAUCUGAUGUAAUAAUUACUUGAACAGUAUUUAAGAAAAUAGAGUCAUUUACUCUUUCACCAUUUUAUGUGAUGGAGGAGGAUGAGAUUACUACAAGGAAAAAUGCUAGCGGUACACAAAGUGUACACCGUAUAAAAGCCCCCCCAAAAUACCAUUUCCCACCCUCUCCCUUCUCUCUCCCUUCUUUCUUCUCCUCUCUCCCUUCUCUCUUUCCUCUUUACCCGAUUCAUUCGAAAAUUCUCAACAAAAAUAUGGGAGAUCAUCUUCUCUACUUCAUCUUCUUCUUCUUCCCUUCUUCUUCCUCUCUUUUUCUACCUUUUUAUAUCAAUUUCCCAUUAUUUGCACAAAAUCAGUUUACUUAUCUCAUUUCAUCUAUUUUUUAUUAUUUUUCUAAUUUUUUCUCUCCAAAUUACAUGUAAAUUGAUCACACAUACAACUUCAUCAUUAUAUUCAUUUGGAUAUAUACACACAAUUACUUUUUUUGUUCACCCAAACAAUUUAAAUUGAUCACACUGACAACUAAAGUUAACACAGUGCAAUGGAGGCAAACCGUAGGCUCAACUCAAGAAAGGGAAGAGUGAAAUGGAUUAUUAUAUUCCUAUGUCUCGAAUGCAAGUUGGGAGUUAUGAAUGUGGUUAUUAUGUGAUGUUGCAUAUGUUGAAUAUUAUUUCGGCGGUAAUUCUUGAAAUGUGAGAUGAGCGAUUUGUCAAUCCAGAACCAUUCUCAUCAAAAGAGAUUGAUGAAGUAUGAACUCGUUGGGCAUCAUAUUUCUUAGAAAUGACGCAAUCCAUCAACGACACAUGAUGAACGUGUUUGGUUAAGUUUUUGAGUGACGAUGAGACUUGUAACUUUAUACAAUGUGUUUUUACUCUAUACUUGUGCAAGGAUUGUUUUAUUUUAGCUUAUUAUUAU